AUGGCAGCCACCACCGCAGCAUCCAUAACCACAGCAGCAGCAACAACUGCAGCAACCAAACUCCAAUCUUCUUCUUCUUCUCUCCUCAAACCCUACUCUUCUUCCCAAUUGCCCUUCAAAUUCACCAAAUUUACGACAUCUCGCGCACCAUCAAGGUUCGCAAUUUCUUGCACCUUGGCCACAGAGGCUGCGGUUGAAAUGGAGGAAGUGGCGGAUUCUGACCCGAGCCAAUGGAAACGACCAGAUUCUUUUGGUCGGUUUGGUAAAUUUGGCGGAAAAUAUGUACCUGAAACUCUUAUGUAUGCUCUCACUGAGCUCGAAUCUGCUUUCCAUUCCUUGAAAGAUGACCCUGAAUUUAAGAAAGAGCUAGAUGGGAUUUUGAAAGAUUACGUUGGAAGGGAAAGUCCUCUUUAUUUUGCUGAGCGGCUUACAGAGCAUUACAAGCGUCCUAAUGGUGAAGGGCCGCAUAUUUAUCUCAAGAGGGAAGAUCUUAACCACACAGGUGCUCAUAAGAUUAAUAAUGCUGUUGGCCAAGUGUUGCUUGCAAAGCGUUUGGGAAAGCAGCGCAUUAUUGCUGAAACUGGAGCUGGUCAGCAUGGAGUUGCAACUGCUACCGUUUGUGCACGGUUCGGUCUUCCAUGUGUUGUUUAUAUGGGCGCACAAGAUAUGGAAAGACAAGCACUUAAUGUUUUCAGGAUGCGUCUUCUUGGGGCUGAGGUGAGAGGAGUUCAUUCCGGCACUGCAACCUUGAAAGAUGCUACAUCAGAAGCUAUACGAGAUUGGGUGACUAAUGUAGAGACAACCCAUUAUAUUUUGGGAUCUGUUGCUGGGCCGCAUCCUUUUCCCAUGAUGGUGCGGGAGUUCCAUAGGGUUAUUGGUGUAGAAACAAGAAAACAAGCACUGGAAAAAUGGGGUGGGAAGCCAGAUGUGCUGGUUGCAUGUGUUGGUGGUGGUUCAAAUGCAAUGGGACUCUUUGAUGAAUUCAUUAAAGACGAGGAUGUUAGGUUGAUUGGUGUGGAGGCUGCAGGUUUAGGCAUAGAUAGCGGCAAGCAUGCUGCCACUCUGACCAAAGGAGAAGUGGGGGUGUUGCAUGGAGCUAUGAGCUAUUUGUUACAAGAUGAAGAUGGGCAAAUAAUUGAGCCUCAUUCUAUUAGUGCAGGGUUGGACUACCCUGGAGUUGGACCCGAGCACAGUUUCCUGAAAGAUAAAGGACGUGCUGAAUACUACAAUGUCACAGAUGAAGAAGCAUUGCAUGCAUUCAAGAGAUUAUCAAGAUUAGAGGGCAUAAUCCCUGCUUUGGAGACAUCACAUGCACUGGCUUAUUUGGAGAAGCUCUGCCCCACUCUCCCAGCCGGAACGAAGGUGGUUCUUAACUGCAGUGGCAGAGGGGAUAAAGAUGUUCAAACUGCCAUCAAGUAUUUGCAGAGGAAUAAUAGGUUAAUGCUAUCUUGGUUAUGGAAGUCUUACUUUGUCUUUCCUGAAGGAAAAGCUUUGUUGUUGUCAAAGGUGUAG